UUCAGAAGAAUAAAUGAACUGUUAUUUGAAUCUUUAUGGUUUCAAAUUACAACAAUGUCAAAAUUUUAGCCGGACUUACAAUGUGAGAUAUAAAUAAAAAUACCAAAAAUACCUGAUACUUAUAUACCUGAACCAUGUUAAGCCACACAGUAACUUCCAGAUUAAUAUGUAAUGUAUUACAAAAAAGCAUAAACUAUGUACCAUGGAGGAAUGUUCAAGUCUCUGUGAUAGGGGCAGCCGGAGAAGUCGGAUCAUGUUUAUCAGUCUUAUUAAAGCAAAAUUAUAAAAUAAAGCGGCUGAAAUUGUAUGACGACGAUGACAAAGUCAAAGGCAUUGGGAUGGAACUGGAUCAUAUACCAGGAGGGCCGAAGGUAUCUGCAUUUUCUGGAAAUAAUAUGCUGCCUAUGUCUAUCGAUUCUGCCGAUCUCGUCGUAAUGGUUCAAAGGGUACCUCGCAAACCAGGAAAUUCAAGAGACCAGAUGAUUGCUGCUAAUGCUCCCGCCUUGCAGAGGCUCUGCCGUGCCAUAGCCGAUCAGAAUCCUGAAACAGUUUUGGCAAUUUCAACAAAUCCUUUAAAUUCCAUGGUACCAUUUGCUAGUGCACUCUUAUACAAAUAUGGUUGCUAUAAUCCUUUUAAGGUUUUAGGCGUUACACAAAUAGACUCUGCCAGGAGCCGAACUUACGCAGCGAAUGUUUUAAACGUCAGUCCACGAAGUUUGCGUCUCCCUGUCAUAGGAGGCCAUUCAGAAGAGUCGAUUAUACCUCUGUACUCAAAUAUGACACCAAUAGAGUUCUGCGUGGAUCCCUGCCAAGCGGACUCAUUAACGCGUCUUGUAAGAAAGGCUGGAACCGAAGUAGUGUUCCAGAAACAAGGCUAUGAGUCCGCAACUCUAGCGUUCGCGUAUUCAAUCAAUGAAUUUGUUGAUUCAAUCAUUGAUGCUCUUCGCGGUGGUGAAGUCGUUGUAAAUUGUUACACUGCCAAUCCUCAUUUUGGAACAAGAUUUUUCUCUGGACCGACCGUUGUAGGACCUUACGGUAUCAUCCAAGCAUGCCAUGAAUUUACAUAUAGUGAUUACGAAUCUUUCCUCUUGUCCUCCUCCGUACCUGUUAUAAACCGAGACGUAUCACUAGGUGAAGACUACGUUCGGUUCAUUGAAAUAGCAGGAAAAGCAGCACGAUAGUUAGUGUACCUAAUACUGUUAGAAAUUUUAAGUCCAUAUUUUACAAAGUUUUAAUGAAUAUUAAGUCGACCAAUUUUACAUCACUCUGUUUGUAACGAAAUAAAUAAAUGUAUCCUCUUACUUACUAAGGCUAAUGAAAAUUGGCUUUUUAUUUUAUUUACUUACCGAGUAAGUGGACAAGUUUUGGGACAUGUUCAAUAUUAUUUUUCUUGCAACUGGCUCAUCUAA